UUGCGCGGGGGGGAAAUUAAAACCCCAAGAAAGAAGAUCGGAGAAGGAGAAGGGGGAAGUUGUGGAGGAGAGAGGUACGAAACAAUGGCGCUUGCGGCUUUAGGGAAGUUGAAUCUGGAGGAGGCUCCUCCGAUCUGGGGAUCUCGUAGCGUUGAUUGCUUCGAGAAGAUUAAACUGAUUAGCCAUGGAACUUACGGUGAGGUUUACAUGGCUAAAGAAAUCGAAACUGGUGAAAUCGUGGCUCUCAAAAAGAUCCGUACGAACGAUGAAAGAGAAGGGUUUCCUGUAACAGCGAUGAGGGAGAUCAAGAUCCUCAAGAAGCUUCAUCAUCGAAACGUCAUCAGUUUGAAAGAGGUUGUGUAUUCACCAUCUCCAGACAAUGAUGAUCAAAGAGAUGAUAAUAACAAGUACAAGGGUGAAAUCUACAUGGUCUUUGAGUACAUGGAUCAUGACUUGGCUGGACUUGCUUACCGUCCUGGAACUAGAUUCACAGCUCCUCAGAUCAAGUGUUGCAUGAAGCAACUCCUCACUGGGCUUCACUAUUGUCAUAUGAAACAUGUGCUUCACCGUGAUAUAAAAGGUUCAAAUCUCCUCAUUGACAAGAAGGGAAACUUAAAGCUGGCGGAUUUUACACUUGCACGGCAUCUGUCACUUGACUUUACUGGAACUUUGACAAACCAGGUCACCACUUUGUGGUAUAGGGCCCCUGAGUUGCUACUUGGUGCUACGGAAUAUGGUCCAGCGGUUGACAUUUGGUCGGUUGCUUGCUUAUUUGCUGAGCUUUUGAAUGGAGAACCAAUCUUUCCUGGAAAAACUGAGAUUGACCAGUUGAAGAAGAUUUGUGAGCUUUGUGGAUCACCUGAUGAAAACAAUUGGCCUGGGGUUUCCGAGAUGCCUUUGUAUGAACGAUUUAAACCAUCACUGCCUCUGAAGAGCCGCGUAAUAGAGACAUACGGACACUUUGAUGCUCAUGCUCUUGAACUACUGGAGUGUAUGUUGGUGCUGGACCCGCCAAAGAGAAUAUCCGCAAAAGAUGCCCUUGAUUCAGAUUACUUUUGGAGUGAGCCGUUACCGUGUGAACCAAAGAGACUACUAGCUUCAUAUAAAUCACCACAUGAGCUCCAGACCAAGAAAAAGCGGAAGUCGAUGCCUCGAAAAACAGCCAGGUUUUGAGGUGCAAGAGAUAGUUGAAGAAGAACAAGAGGAAGGACAAUUUGAGAUGUAGAUAGUAGAUUAGUGAGAGAGAUUUCUUUGGAGACAAUCUGCGUUGAUGAUGAUGAUGUAUUAGAGUAUUAAGAUUCGGUUUUGUAUGCUGGUGGACAAACGAAACUAAACCGAACUAAUUGGUCCAAUUUAUGAUGAACGAGAAAUCUCAAGUCUUGAAUUAA